AUGAGACUUAGUUAGAUGUAGACCUUAAGAAGGAAACUCAACUAUUCCAAAUAGAGUAAGAUCAAUACUUAAAAUAAAUUUUAGAUGAAACCUAAAUUUGAUUAUUUUUGGGUUUCUCCUAAAAAAGAUGCUCCAGAUAUUAUUUCAUCGGAAUUUGAAAUCAAAUAAUAUUUUAAUAAAUAAUAAAUUAGUAAAAUAUUCAGAUUUUUGAAUGUCUAGACUAGAUUGAUUCCUUCUACUCCAAACAACCCAAAAGAAAGAGAAAGAUAAAUAGCAUAGUAUAGUAUAGUAUAGUAUAGAGCUCCAGAAAUGUUGGUGAAAAAAUAAUAUUACAGUUGUGAAAUUGAUAGUUGGUUUUAGCAAAAAGGUUUUAAGGACCCUUAUGUUUACUAACAAAGCCAAAAUUAAGUACAAGAUCUUCUUAUUUUCUGGAAUAUCAGAAGAUUUUAUAGUAUUGUUUGGUUUGAAUUCUAAAAAUGAUUCAAUAAAUUCAUCAAAAUAAUUAUAAUUUUCUUAAAAG